CCCCGGGAUGCGCCGCAGAAGCCCUGCGCCUCGAUGGCUCCCGGCGCUGGCUCCCCCCCAGCUUCCUGUUGACGUCAGCGGUUAUUUCGCCCGCUGCAGUUUUUACAACUGUUGAGCUUUUCAAGUGUAACCCGAGCUGAGACCGGCCAACCUCAGCAGCUGCCCAUGCGGGGACGCGGCGCUGCCGGCGCCGUCUCCCCCAGCCUUCCUCGGCCGCUCGCCGGCUCGCGGACCCCCGGCACGCGGCGGGGACCCCGCACGGCACCAGGGGGCUGCCGGCGCCUUCCGAGCAUGCAGCCCCGCCGGGGAUAAGCCGUGGUGCUCGCCAAAAGGGCCCGGCGGCAGAUCCCUCGGGCCCUUUUCCCUCCCUCCCCCGGCUCCCCCAUCCCUCCCUUCCGCCAGGCGUGCCGUUUCUGUUCUUCAUUUCUGGGAAACCAUGGACAAGAAGCAAGAUUCCAAGGGAUCCUUGGAGCCGCACAAACCAGUGAAAAGCAAGAAGAAGCGGGAGCUGAGGAUAACAUGUGUCCCCAUCAAGCAGCCCGUUGCCAACACAACGCCCCCGAGGAACCUGGACUCCAGGACAUUCAUCACCAUCGGAGAUAAAAACUUCGAGGUGGAAGCUGAUGACCUGGUGACGAUUUCGGAGCUGGGCCGUGGGGCUUACGGAGUGGUGGAGAAAGUCCGGCACGCGCAGAGCGGCACCAUCAUGGCCGUGAAGAGGAUUCGAGCGACUGUGAACACUCAGGAGCAGAAGAGGCUGUUGAUGGACUUGGAUAUCUCCAUGAGGACGGUCGACUGCUUCUACACCGUCACCUUCUACGGAGCCCUCUUCCGAGAGGGCGACGUGUGGAUCUGCAUGGAGCUCAUGGACACCUCCCUAGAUAAAUUCUACAAGAAAGUACUAGAGAAGAAGAAAACCAUCCCUGAAGACAUUUUGGGGAAAAUGGCCGUGUCUAUCGUACGGGCUCUGGAGCAUCUGCACAGUAAACUGUCCGUAAUCCAUAGAGACGUGAAACCUUCCAACGUGCUCAUCAACAAGGAGGGACACGUGAAAAUGUGCGACUUCGGGAUCAGCGGCUACUUGGUGGACUCGGUCGCAAAGACCAUGGACGCCGGCUGCAAACCGUACAUGGCUCCAGAAAGAAUAAAUCCUGAGCUGAACCAGAAGGGCUACAACGUGAAGUCGGAUGUCUGGAGUCUGGGGAUCACAAUGAUCGAGCUGGCCAUUCUCCGCUUCCCGUACGAGUCUUGGGGCACCCCCUUCCAGCAGCUCAAGCAAGUGGUGGAGGAGCCGUCGCCCCAGCUGCCUGCCGACCGCUUCUCCAAGGAGUUUGUGGACUUCACGGCGCAGUGCUUAAGGAAGAACCCCGCUGAGCGAAUGAACUAUUUAGAACUUAUGGAACACCCCUUCUUUACCUUGCACGACACCAAAGAGACUGACAUGGCCUCCUUCGUGACAGAGAUCCUCGGGGAAGACUCCUAACUCAAAGCUCACGGCUUCCUGCAGUCCCCUCCACCCGGCAUCCCUGCAGCACAGCCGACGAGGACUCGAGUCAGUGGUGGUUUGCACAGAUCACAUUUCCCCAACCCACGGGCGUCUCCGGACCUGGCCGCCCUUGCAGUCUCUUUUCUCUUUGCCCCAUAACUGAAAUCCCCCAGGAGGAGCCUUCUGAAGCCGACACCUUCCUGACUAAGCCACCACAACCGAAGGCUCGGGAGCUUCCCGCGGGUGCCAGGCACGUCCCCCACCAGGAGGGGAUGGUGUCCACGGUACCCGAGCGGGGCCGGGCAUCGGCUGUCAUCACUCCUGGCACAACAGGCACAGAGUCUUUACCUUUCUUCCCCUUUGCUGACUGGGGAGGGCAGAGAGAAAACAUUCUGCUGUGCUUUCCCACUCCUCGUCUGCGCUGCCCGAAGCCCCUUCCCCAAACUGUGUCCCUUCUGGGCCUGGCUCUCUGCCGCCAGGCUCCUGGGCAACUUUUUAGGAGGCUCCAGAGCUCCCUGGGUACACCGCUGUUCCCACAAGAAGCCGUUUCAAUGCCUGGUUCGACCUUUCAGUGCAGCACCAGACCUGGCAUCCCCUUCCCACCCCCUCACCGACUCCAUACAGCGGUCCCUUGAAGGUGGAGGGGGAAACAUUUUUGGAUGAGCCCACCUCAGCGCAAGUGGCAACCCGCGCUUCCCGCAGCACCUCGCCCAGCACACGGUGCUCUGUGUCCCGAGGGGCCGGGGUGGACGAGUGGGUCCUUGGUGGCUGCCUCCAGCCUCAGGUUUGGAGGACGCGGGGAGAGCAGGCAUCCACCGCCUCCCGCAGCCGGUGCCUCUGCCUUCCCCAGCUCCUCGGCCGGAGAGUACGCUGCUCCAUCUCCCUUCCCAGCCCGGGCUCGUGUAAGACCUCGCACUGUGACACCCCUCGUUUCGGAGGCCCUGCUGGCACCCUUGCGUCCCGAGCUGCCUUCGAGCCCCGCGGCUGCCCGCUGAGAUGUCAGCCAAAACCGAAAACCCAACGACUUGCACGGGGGCUGCUGACAGUUGUACAUUUUCCGUCUAUGUAUAAUGGACUUCGUAACGUGUUUCCUAGUUUUAAUCUAACUUGCUAUAAAUUAAAAAGCCCUUCUGUGGGGGAGGAGGGAGGAGCGGUUUCUUUUCCGCUAGCAAAUCCACUGUGAAAACCUGAUGUGUUUCCCUGCUCCCCCAGCCUCAGCACUCUGCGAGGAGUUACGGGAGCAAAAGGGAUUUCUGUCUUCUACUGUACGUGGUCACAGGACAAACGCACCGGCUGUGGAUUUAUUUUUUUUGAUAGAUUGAGUUUUCAGAGGGAUUUUUUCCUUUUCUAAUAUAUAUUUGUGUGGGUGUAUGUGCGCGUGCUCUAUAUAUUAUAUAUUUUUUAAAAUCAACGAUGAGUGUGUGAAUGUCUGUGUGGCUAGCAGUUUUGGUGAAAUGGCUAGCAAUUUUCUGGCUAAAUUUGGGGUGGUGGGGAAGACUCCUAAAAGAGACCCUGGCCUAAGAUUUUUUUUUUCUUUUUUUUAAAGAAAUGCAUCUAUUUUUUAAGUGAAUCUUUUAAAAACACUUUUUCCUGAAAUCCCUGCCCUGGAGGUCUGGAUUUUAGGGUGCAUUUCCCUCCUGCUCGGGGUCCUCCACCUGCUGAAAGGCUUUUCCCCAGGGUCUGAUCCCUCUCCCUGGGCGGACAAGCCCUGAAAAAAGCAUCAGAGGUGUUGAGAUGGACAAACCCUGUUCAGCUUUGGGCUGACCCCGACCCCCACCCCACCUCUUUGUGUAAUAUACGCUGAUUGAUGUUCUCCACGCCCCCCCCCUCGGUCCAACUCUGCAAACCACCCGGCACUCGCUGAGCGCACCGAUACCGGCUUGGUAGGACAGCUUUGCAGCUUCUGUACAAAUUUGUACAAUUGUAAUUUUUUUUUUUUCAUAGUUGUUUACUUUGGAUUGUUUUUGUUUGGACGUUGAGCUUUUGUUUUCCCCUUUCUCCUUGUUUUGAACCCUUUCCCCUUUCCUUACCUCACCCUUGUUUUGGUGCUUGGGGGAAUGGCGAUUGUUUGGUUUGUUUUUUUUGUUUUUUUUUUUUUUUGCAUGUCUUUAUUUUUGGCUGCCUUUCUCCUCUUGGACACGAUCCUGACUCCUGUGUUUUGGGGAAGGGGAACCUCUGCCCUUACAGAUACUGGGCGAUGCCUGCGGGGUGGGCUUGGGACCCUGCCGAUGAAGCCAGGCGCUGCGGAAGAGGCGAACGCAGCAGCUCCACAUCCCUCGGCUGGGGCUGGGUGCCACCAGCUUGGCUUUAAGGUGGGAGAGUUUUUUUUGACCGCAGCGAAAGCCCCUCCAGCCCUGUAUGUCUGAGAACGGUCUGUACCCAUCCAACCCCAUCCUUUUCAAUAAAAUCACCCCUCAAACCA